AUGAGUAUUCUUAUUAAUAACGGUAACGAUUACCAACUAAACUCAUCAGAGACUUUUAAUUCCCUAAAAUCUUCUCCAUCGUCUACUUCAUCAUUAUCAUCUAUAUCCACUUCUUCUUCAUCUUCAUGUCAUAAAAGAUCAAAAGCAGUUGAUCUCAAUAGGAAUACUAGUAACAGUCAAAACUCAUCAAUAUCUACAGCACCAACCACAGCUACAGCUGCUAACACUACACCAAGAAAAACAUCAAUCACCAUACCUUCCAAACUUCCAAGUCUGUGGAUCCCAUUGAGAAAUGGUAAUAUCGACUAUUCUCGAUACUACAAUACUAAUCAAGAAGAAGAUAACCAAGAACAACAACUACAAGAUGGGGAACCAUUAUCUGCUCCAACCACCAAUAAUGGUACAACAAAGACUGCAACAGCCAAUGCCAAUAUUAUACAAGACUCUUUUGAAACCAUACCUUGUUUCAGUUCAACAACCAACACAACAAUCACAUCAUCUCGUUCUAAUCCAACCAAUUCAACUCCAACUAGCAAUGAUCCUAGUUUUCCUAAACAAAUGAUAAAUUGGAAUCAAUUUUUACAAGAGGAAAAAGACAUGAACGAUAAUCUGUCUACAAUUAAUGACGAUGAUAAAACAUUUUAUAUGGAACAAUUAAACUUAAACGUUGGUCAAACGCCUAAUAACAAUAAUAAUAAUAAUCAUGGCGUUUCUGAAACUGAGAAUGAUUUAUUGCCAGGUACUUCAAAAUCACUAAUAGCAAAAUAUCAUUAUCAAUUAAAUUACGGUGAUGAAAAUGAGAAUGAGACUAAUGAUGUGAGAGAAUAUGAAUAUGGUGGUGGUGAAAGUAGAAAAAGAAAAAGUAGUACUACUAGUGAUGAUAGAAGACCAAGAAGAGGAGGAGGCGGAGGAGGAAGUAGAACAAGUCAAGUGUUUCGAAACACUUUGAAUAAGUUUACUUUUAAACCAAAAAUAAAAUAA